UAGCUUCUUUAUACAAAAAGCAGAAGACACAUCCUGGUAGAGCUAAUACAAGAUACUAGAUGUCCUUUUAGUAAAACAUUAAAAAAUGUCUUUAGUUUAAUCUAGACUAUAUGCCCAUCAUUACAACCUAGAUUAAAUAAACUCAAUUGGUUAUCCUAGUUUGGCAUUAGAAAUAAAAAAAUAAAAUAAAAACUACUGCAUUAAAGUUAAGAAUGUCAUAAAGUGAAAAAACUUUAAAAGGGUCCUUUAAUUGCCUGCAUGGUUUUAAAAGUCUAUAUCUCACUGCAACAGACAAUUUUUCAUCUUGAGUUUCCUCUUCCAUCAUAGCACCUAACUUUCCUAAAAAUUCAGAUUUCUCAGUACUGAAUUAGCUGCUUUUUGAAGCUCUUCUUGGAAUUCUGAUUCAGAAUCCAAGAAUGAGGAAAUAUUGGCUGCCAAUUACUUCAGUCUUUGCUUUUUUUGUAUUUCCACAUUUCAUUGCUUGUUUAUCCAAUGAAGAGAUCCAACUCAACAGUCAGUUGAUUAGCAUCAAACAACAUGUUCCCAAGGUGAAUUCUCAGAGAAUAUUUGAUAUUGAAAUUCAUGGAAUUUUGUUAUGGGCUUCAAUGGGAUUCUUGAUGCCUGCUGGAAUACUCACAAUAAGACUCUCCAACACAGAGGAGUGUAGCAGAACAAAACUCAAAGUUCUCUUUUAUGUUCAUGCAAUUCUUCAGGUGCUCUCAGUGCUGCUGGCUACUGCUGGAGCUGUGCUAUCAAUAAAGAGCUUUGAGAAUAGGUUCAACAACAAUCACCAAAGAAUAGGCUUAGCCCUUUAUAUUGCCAUCUAUGUCCAAUUUCUUAUGGGAUUGCGCAGGCCUAAGAGGGGAAGUAAAGGAAGAAGUGUAUGGUACUUUUUCCAUUGGCUACUUGGAACAACAAUAUGCUUGGCAGGAAUUGUCAACACCUACACAGGCUUAAAUGCCUACCAUGAAAGGACAUCUAAGCCAAUAAGCCUAUGGACAAUAAUUUAUACAGCUCAAAUCUCAUUCAUGGGAUUUUUCUAUCUUUUCCAAGACAAAUGGGAAUACAUACAAAAGCAAGGGGUCAAUCAUGGAAAUAAUGAAACUAUGACACCCCAAGUGGAAAUAGUUGUUCCUCAGAGUGAUGGCCAAAAGAUGAUUACCAGAACUGAGUCAGGAAGGAAGAUCAAUGCACUAGGGACUUACUUUUCUAGAAAUAAUGUCCUCAACAAAUUAUUACAACAAACUUGAAUGUUGUAUGUUUUUGGAAACUGUACUUCCUAGUCCUCCACUUUUUCUUGUUUGCACUUAAUAUGAACUAGAGUUUGGUGUAUUUUUAUUUGAGGCACCAAUUAUGUGAAUGCAUAAUAAAACAGGAGGAAGCUUAUUUAGUGAUUCAAAACCACCCUUUAUUCCUC